AUCAGUUUACAUAUAUAUUGAAUAAAUCAAGGAGCCAUGGAUUAAUUAAACAUCUCAUGGGAAGACAUAUAUUUGGUAAAAUAUAUAUAUAUAUAAAUAAAUGUGUCUCUCUCUUUUUCCUUGUAAACAUGUCCCAUCUCUAUAUAUCAGAACCUCUUGUUAUGCUUCCAUGCGAGUAAAAGAUGUUUCUACUAUUUAGGGAGGUUGACAACUUCACAUGAGUUCUGGGAUGAUUGGCAUGAGUCUUAUCUUUACUUUUUUGUCAUUUGCAUUGGGAUCAAAUCCAUUCUCAGCACAUCACUAUAUGGUGAGGAUAUAAUAAAGCUUUCUAAAUGAGGACAGUCUAUCAUAUCUAAACUCAUAUUUUCUCCCUUCUUCCUAGGAUGUGAACAGCAUUACAGCAAGGUGUCAGAACUUCACCCUGAAGACCCCAAAAACUUUCCCCAAGAAACAAAGCAGAGUUUUUCAAGCUCCGGAUCUGAAAGGGAUGCUGCAAGCAUUGAAAGAGCUGACAGAUAUGCAACUAUACUGGGUUGACAUGAAAUUGACUCCAAGGAAAAAUUCAAAUACUUUUAAUUUUUUUAAUCCGACACAAGUGGAAUUCUCAUUUGAGAAGUGUUCAGCUCCUGCUAAUUCAAGUAGUAAUGAUUAUUACAGCAUCGGAGGCUCCCCACUGAUGACAUCAGGACAACAUUACUGGGAGGUAGAUGUGUCCAACAAAAGCGCCUGGAUCCUGGGGGUAUGUGAAGUAAAAGACCUCCAAUGGCUUGUGAGGAACUGUUUUACACAAGUUGUAAGUUACCAACCUAGACAUGGUUAUUGGGUUAUAGGGUUAAAGAAUCAAGUUGAAUAUACUGCUUUUCAGGACUCUUCCUCCAAUGAUCCCUUGAUUGUGACCCUCUUCCUGCCAGUUCCUCCCUGGCGUAUUGGGGUUUUCCUAGACUAUGAUGCUGGUACUCUCUAUUUUUUUAAUGUUACCAAUGGGUUUCUCAUCUAUAAAUUCUCUUCAUGUCGCUUUUCUCCAAUGGUUUGUCCAUAUUUCAAUCCUAUAAAUUGUUCAGUCCCCAUGACUCUGUGCUCGCCAAGCUUGUGAAGUUCCUACACCAACACCCACUUGCCUGGAUGCAUCUCACGCACCUGAACUCAUCGGCACCAUUCUAACCGUCUUUUCCUUGCUGCCUGCUCUUCAAUCUAUUUGUGCAAAUUGCCUUGUGCCACAUUCCUCCCAAUAUUUCAUUUGCAUUUAUGAGAAAAUUUUAUUCAUUAUUUUCCAUACUCAGGAAAAAUGACUGAUCCUUCAUAAAGAAAGACCAGUAUUGAGGUAACACCUCUGCCAAAUCUUUACAACCCAAUUCCCUCUGACACUGACUAAGAAAACAAAAACAUAUUUUUCAACAACUUUUUUAUAUUAUUGAAGGGCAUGUCUAGGAGUCACUCACUAAAGAAUGAGCCAUUAGCAGUGUGUCAGCUUAUCCGUGAUGCCCCUUAUCAUCAAGGUAUGAAGGAGAAAAUAUAAUUGCUUUAUACAAAGAGUGGAGGCUUUGAGUACAGAGUGUCUGAGUUAAAAUUCUGUCUUCCCACAUACUAGCCAUGUAAUUUUGAAUAACAUUCUUAAAUUGCUGUGCUUAUUUUCUUUAAAUAAUUUUGGUAUAAAAACUUCACCUAAUACUUUGGAUCACUGUGACAAAAUUAAUUCAUUAAGUAUAAAGCAUCUAUUUAAGUUCUCAACUUAAUAAUAAGUAUUUGCUCUACUAAGUACUGAAAAAUGUAACCUGUGGCCGUGUCCCAUGGAACAGCUUGUGCCUUCGGAGGAACUAAGUUUACCUUUACUGAAUUCUCA